GGUAAAGACUAAAGAAGAUAGAGCAUCAGAUUCCCUUAAAUGAGCGAUGCCAACUCAUGCAAUCGAACUAAGAAGGUUAAGAGGUAAAUUUGACCAGAGAAUUUCAGCUUUAAUGGUACAUCUACAUCCUACAGGAAACCUUUAUGUUGUUCCUAGAAAAGAGAGGAAAAAAAGAAACAACCCCUAAAUCUUUUUUUCUUUUAUUUAAAAAGAAAAACAAAACAGCAAAUUUAUAAAAUAUAAUACCCCUCACAUAAUCAUCAAACCUUGCACCCAAGUUUUAGGUAAGAGUGAGCAGAUUAGUUGAGAAGUUACAACAUGGAUAUAUAGGAAGAUUUAAAUUCUCUUUCGACACCUAUAUUCUCCUUGUUUUCCACCCUAUAACACACAAAAAACAGAGGGAGCGAGUAUGCAGAGGAAUAAUACUCCUAACUCAGAGAUUACCUUUCUGGUUGAAGAUAUAGAAGCUGUCCUGGAGAUGAAUAGGUUCCUAGAGAAGGAGAAUGAAGAACUAAAAACUGAAGUGGCGCGUCUUAAAUCUCAGAUAGUAUCUUUAAAAGCUCAUGAUAUUGAGAGAAAAUCUAUCCUGUGGAAGAAGUUUCAGUACCCCAACAAUAUUGAUAAUAAAGAGGGAAUCCCAAAGAAACAGAUAGCUCAAACACCAGAACAGUCGCAGAAAUCAGUAUCAGAAAGUAAAAAACCAUCUCCACCACCCCCACCACCGCCACCUUGUAAGGUGAUUGUUUCUGAAAAUUCAGCUACAACACCACCGAAAAAGGGUCCGCCACCACCACCACCACCUCUUCCAUCCAAAUCGCUAGUAGGGUCGAAAUUAGCAGUGCGUCGUGUUCCUGAAGUAAUCGACUUUUAUCGGUACCUCAACAGGAGAAAUGCACAAAUUGAGAACAGAACAAAUGUAACAGGAACUCCAAGAGACGGGAAUCCAAGCAAUAUGAUUGGAGAAAUUGAGAAUAGAUCAAUGUACCUCACCGCUGUUAAAUCUGAUGUUGAGUCGCAGAGAGAAUUCAUCAAUUACUUGAUAAAAGAAGUAGAAACAUCAAUAUUCAAAGAUAUAACGGAAGUUGAAGCAUUUGUAAAGCGGCUAGAUGGAGAGCUAUCAUGUCUUGUAGAUGAGAGAGCAGUGCUGAAGCAUUUUCCGCAGUGGCCGGAAAGAAAGGCUGAUGCUCUAAGGGAAGCUGCUUGCUGCUUUCGAGACCUGAAGAAUAUGGACUCAGAUAUGCUUUCUUACCAGGACAAUCCAAAACAACCAUUUCCUCAAUCUUUACGGCGAAUACAAACGUUGCAAGACAGACUAGAAAGGGUAAUUGAAAAUAUUGAGAAAACAAGAGAAGGGACGUGCAAAAAAUACAGGGAUUUGCAGAUCCCUUGGGAUUGGAUGCUGGACACAGGCCUUGUUGGUCAGAUCAAGUUAAACUCAUUAAGGUUGGCGAGAGAGUACAUGAAGCGAAUCAUUAAAGAACUUCAGAGUUUCAGGUUCCAUAACUUUGAUGAUAUCAUACAUCAGGGUGCUCGAUUUGCAUAUCGAGUUCAUCAGUUUGCGGGUGGUUUUGACUUAGAUACUGAGCGUGUAUUUGAAGAACUUAAACAAAUACAUGAAUCAAACUCUCCUCAAUCUGUCAAGCUCGGUAUAUGAAAAUUUGAAAUGAUCGUUUACAAAAGAAGUAAUAAGUUAUCGCUUGUAAUAGAAUUCUUCAAUGAUGUUUGCUAGAAUAGAAACAGAGUAUAAAUUAGGAAAACUGUUCUAGAUAUUUAUUUUUCUUACUAUUGGCCAUGUAGCAUAUUGAUAGAAGGUAGAUACAACUCUAUACAAUAUAGAGAACCCUUAUUAUAGUAUUUUAUGUCAUGUAAUUGUAUAAGAUGAGACCUAUAUUUACAUUA